AUGGCACGUAGUACUCGUCGAAAACCCACCACAGAGGGCACUGCAGCCUCCCCUUCAUCGUCGCGUAGAGUAACGCGUAGUCAAGCAAAAGCCAUGAAGCAGCAGCAGCAACAGCAGCAACCCAAAGACGCACCAACUGAGACAUUGCCUCCAUUAACGGCAGCUGAAUGGAAGAAGCUCAAUCCCAAGACUGAACAUUACGAAUUCGGUGGGCCUGUGGGUGCCUUUGCUAUGAUCACGUUGCUUCCUAUUGUCGUUCUUGCUUUUGCAUUUGGUUGUGAUGCAUCUGGAUAUGAUCCUUUGCAACGCUCCUAUGCGUUGUUCACUGAUUUGGUCAAAGGCAAAUUCUCAUGGGACAUCAUCUUCUCCAUGGCGACAAGCUGGAAUAUCAGUGCCUUGUUUUGGUACAUCAUGUUCAUCGCCCAACUCGUUACGUUCGCAAUUGCUAUGCCUGGUGAUACUGUUCAAGGCACCAAGUUAAGAGAUGGCUCUCGUUUGACAUACAAGCUCAAUGGUUUACAAAGCGCACAGACCUUGUUUAUGGUGAGCAUGAUGGCCAACCGAGGCUUGGGUUACCGCACUCCCUUGUACGUGUUUGACAAUUUUGAACACUUGGCAGUCGCAUCCAUUAUCAUUGCCUUUGCUGUAUCGAUUGGCGUCUACAUCAAGAGCUUCACAGGCAACCCUCGCUUGUUGGCUUUGGGAGGAAACACUGGCAAUGCUAUUUACGAUUUUAUGGUUGGCCGUGAAUUGAAUCCUCGUAUUGGUCAAUUUGAUAUCAAGUUCUUUACCGAAUUGCGACCUGGCUUAUUGGGUUGGAUGGUGAUCAACAUUUGUAUGGGCAUCAAGCAAUACCUCAACCUUGAUCGUGUGACAAAUAGCAUGGUGCUCGUAUUGGCAUUCCAGGCAUUGUAUGUACUUGAUGCUCUUUACAAUGAAUCUUCCAUCCUGACAACAAUGGAUAUCACAACCGAUGGCUUUGGAUUCAUGUUGGCCUUUGGUAAUCUUUGUUGGGUGCCUAUGAUGUACAGUCUCCAAGCACGUUACUUGGUCGAUUUCCCCGUGGACUUAUCCUACCCUGCUUUGGCUGGUAUCCUUGCUUUGCAGUGUGCUGGUUACUACAUUUUCCGAUCGGCCAAUGCGCAAAAGGAUAACUUUAGACAAAAUCCAAAUGACCCUGCAGUGCGAGAUCUCAAGUACAUUGAAACGUCAAAAGGCUCAAAAUUGAUCACAUCCGGCUGGUGGGGCAAGGCUCGUCAUAUUAAUUAUCUUGGUGAUUGGCUCAUGUCUGUAGCCUGGUGCCUUCCUUGUGGAUUCGGAUCCAUCAUCCCUUAUUUCUACUGUAUCUAUUUUGGUAUCUUGCUUAUUCACCGUGAACGUCGUGAUGAUGAAAAGUGCAGAAAGAAAUAUGGCAUGGAUUGGGAAAAGUACUGCUCUAUUGUCAAAUACAGGAUCAUCCCUGGAGUAUACUAG